AUGGUGGAAAAGAGAACCGAAACUGAGGUUGAGAGUACUGACGCCGGUGAGAAAGUCACUGAGGACCGAAACAGUCGGGAAAAGCACAAAACGACGGUCGAAAUAGGCAGUAAGAAGAUUCUGGAGUUGUUUAGAAGAGGUAACAUUUUGACGCCCCAUGAACUGAGAACAUUUGUGUAGUUUGACAAACAAUGCCACAAUUGAAGUUUGCCCAUACUUUCAGCAUCCGCGUCCAAAAACUUCAUAGACGUCUCCAGUGAGUCGGACCCGCCGACGCUCGAAUUUCCCGACGACGAAGAGCUGAUGAAAGUGAUGGCGGAGCCCAUGGAAACCCGCAAAAUGCUCGCGAACUAUAUGUAUCAGAGCGAGAAGAAGAAGCUCGAGAGCGAGUUGAUGGACGGCGAAUUCGAGGAGAUUGAGCACGACACUUCCCGUAACUGAUUGUAAAUAAACUGUUGGACAUUGAACACGUGUUGUCUCUAUCUACUGUAUUGCCCUGUUUCUCGACAUCCGCGAGUUCUCUAGUUUCGCCUCAAAACAACCUUGAGACGCUGUUCGAAAAGCGAACAGCAACAGCGUGCGCGUGUCACCAGAUGUCUAAUAUUUAGGAUUAUUCGUAUUUCGUUUCUUCUCUCUCUCUCUCUAUGAGUCCUUGCUUUCAGAGAGUACUACCAUGUCCAACUCCCGCCAAUCCAAUGUUCCCACUCCUACUCCACCACCGGCCUCAAAUCCUGCCAACCAGUCCACUCAACAAGAAGAUCCUGGAAAGAAGGCGUUGCUGGAAGCGCUGAAAGUGAUGGACACCCAGAUCCGACAACGGGAGAGCGCUUUGGACACUAUCAUUCAGGCACUGCUGCGUGAACAGCAACAGCCGAGCAGAAAUGGUAAUUGA